AAUNAAAAAAAAAAAAAGGACAAGUGAGGUAAAUUUGCAAAAGUAAACGUAGGGGCGUUUUGAUCCGCAAUGUACGGAGUAUGUGUUGAGCAAAGAAGGCUUCAAACGUUCUCAUUCUUAAUAAAGAAGAAGAGGGUAGAUAUUAAUGUGCAGAGUUUUAAGGAACCAUGCUUUUUUUAUUUUUUUCCCUACGCACUCUCCACAUGAUUUUCUUCUCUUGUGCAUGACAACAUUAACACGCAGAAAUUACAUUUGUUGAUCCUUUCACCUUCUUCUACCAAUUGAGUUGACUCACAGACACCGCCAUCAAAUUCCUCGUUGCCAUUUCCCAUCUUCUUUCAAAACAACCACAUGCAAUUUUGACACUUGAAAAUUGUGGUGAUAAUUUGAUUCAUCCUCGCGUUUACUACGGUUUUUCUCCAAUUAGCUUUUUCAUCGGUAAAUAGAUUUCAUCCGUUUCGGCGCAGGAGGGGCUUUUUGGUAGGUUGACGAGAUUAUUCUGUUUCUGGGGGAUCGUCAAUCUGGGAAGGUGACGUGAUGUCCGAAAAAUUGGUGAAUGAAAUCGACAAGGGCUUGCUCAGAUGAUGAAAAUUCUCGAGGAUUAGGGAUUUUUAGAGAUUUUACAUAGGUGUUUGAUGGGGAAUACAUGCGUAGGCCCUAACAAAUUAGGGAACAAUGGUUUCUUUCAAUCCGUGACAGCUGCUGUCUGGAGACCCCGUCAUCCCGAGACUCUCCCGUCCCCAAAUCAAGACAAGGAAGCCAGUAACAGCCACCACAAGGACAAAGACAAGGAGAAAGAGAAGGAAAAUCACAAAAACAACAACGAGAGCUCCGUGAAUUCAGGCGGCAAAGGCUCGGAUUCGACACACUCAGAUGUGCAGAGCACUCCUCCGACUCCAAUCAAGAUUCCGGGAGCAGUCGAUCCCCAGAAGCCCUGCAAUGUUGAGUCGAGAACCGAAAAGCCAGCAGAAGGGGUAAAGCAAAACAAGCCCACACAUAUAAAGCGAGCCUCGAGCGUGGGCCUUCAGGUCGAGUCAGUCUUGCAGCGAAAAACCGAGAUUCUGAAGGAGAAGUACAGUCUUGGGAGGAAAUUGGGGCAGGGGCAGUUUGGGACAACUUUCUUGUGUGUUGAGAAGGGGAGUAACAAGGAGUUUGCCUGCAAGUCUAUUGCUAAGCGGAAGCUGACGACUGAGGAGGACGUGGAGGAUGUGAGGAGAGAGAUUCAGAUAAUGCACCAUCUGGCGGGACACCCGAAUGUCAUAUCGAUUGUUGGGGCUUACGAGGAUGCUGUUGCAGUUCAUGUGGUUAUGGAGCUGUGUUCGGGAGGGGAGCUUUUCGAUAGGAUCAUUCAGAGGGGGCACUACACGGAGAGAAAGGCUGCUGAGCUGGCGAGGUUGAUAGUGGGCGUGGUGGAGGCGUGCCAUUCGCUUGGGGUUAUGCAUAGGGAUUUGAAGCCGGAGAAUUUCUUGUUUGUGAAUGAGGAAGAGGAGUCGCCGCUCAAGACUAUUGACUUUGGGCUCUCGGUUUUUUUCAGGCCAGGUGAAAUAUUUCAUGAUGUGGUUGGGAGCCCAUAUUACGUGGCCCCCGAGGUACUAAGAAAGAGUUACGGCCCAGAAUGUGAUGUUUGGAGUGCUGGAGUUAUUAUUUACAUUUUGUUGUGUGGAGUUCCGCCAUUUUGGGACGAAACGGAGCAGGGAAUUUUCGAGCAGGUUUUGAAAGGGGAGCUUGACUUUGUAUCUGAACCGUGGCCCAGCAUAUCUGAUAGUGCAAAAGAUCUUGUCAGACGAAUGCUUGUGCGAGACCCGAAAAAGCGGCCCACAGCUCAUCAAGUUCUUUGCCAUCCAUGGGUACAAGUCGACGGUGCAGCACCAGAUAAGCCUCUCGAUUCUGCUGUUCUGACUCGUCUGAAGCAGUUUUCUGCUAUGAACAAACUCAAGAAGAUCGCAAUCAGAGUUAUCGCCGAGAGUCUUUCGGAGGAGGAAAUUGCCGGACUGAAAGAAAUGUUCAAAAUGAUAGAUGUGGACAAUAGUGGGCAGAUUACCCUUGAAGAGCUGAAGACUGGUUUGGAGAGAGUUGGUGCGAAUCUCAAAGAUUCAGAAAUAGUGGGCUUGAUGCAAGCUGCUGAUGUUGAUAAUAGUGGAACCAUAGACUACGGGGAGUUUGUUGCAGCCAUGUUGCACCUAAAUAAAGUCCAUAGAGAAGACCAUAUGUUUGCAGCAUUUUCGUACUUCGACAAAGACGGUAGCGGGUACAUCACAAAGGAUGAGCUUCAACAAGCUUGUGAGGAAUUUGGCCUAGGAGAAGCCCACAUUGACGAAAUCAUCCGUGAAGUUGAUAAGGAUAAUGAUGGCUUGAUCGAUUAUAGUGAAUUUGUGGCUAUGAUGCAAGACACCGGUUUUGGUAACAAGGGAUUGCAGAACAGUAUAAGCAUGGGGCUAAAAGGGCGCUCUUAGGUCUGGUAAUCCUUGAUUAGCAUUCAUAUUUAAGUUCUCACACUCGUGUAAAUCAGUGUAAUCAACGCAGAGACAAAAUUCGGAGUUCAAUUUGUUGUAAAGAUUUAGUGAGGAUCUACAGCAACACAGGGUCUUUCUUUAGUUUGAUUAUUUGCGCAUUGUUAGGUUGUUGGUCUGGUUCCAGUAAUUACUGUCUAUAGUUGAGCCAUAAUCAAUUUGGUUACCAAGAUUUUUGGCUGUCUGUAUUCUGUAGUGUUGAUGAUUUAUUUAGUCAGUAAUUUGGUUAUGGAACAGACACCUCUUUUUUCUUUUCCUGUGCAAAUUUAGUGACUUGAUCAGUGUAACUCGUCUGGUGUAUAAAUUAUAAACUAG